AUGGCCGGUAUCGUUGCAUUAGCGGAUCUCGCGCCAUCAUGUGGGGCGACCGUGAUCCAGUUUCUGCAGUCUUUCAACAUGAGUGGAGAGAAGUUGAAGGUUUUAGUCGCCCUUCUGGCGGUCGGGUCAUUGGUCUGCCAGGAUGAUGGCAAUCAGGAAACUCCUCGUCCUGCGAACAACCAGACCGAGUGCCAAUCUCUGGGACUCAGCGGCCGCCUGGCAGUUGUAACCGGGGGUGCAAGUGGGAUCGGAAGAAGCGUCUGCAUGGUACUCGCACGAGAGGGAGCCACGGUCGUUAUUGCGGACAGAAACAAAACGGGCUCCAAUGAAACCUUGCUGAUGCUCCAAGCUUCAUACAACGGGGAUCACCUGGCCAUCCACGUGGACGUCUCCAACUCGACUGCUGUCAGCGCUCUGUAUGAAGAGGUUGAGGCGUCUUUUCCUGACAAAAAAAUCAGCAUCGUUGUGAACUGCGCCGGUAUUGCGGGAGACCCAAUGACAAUUGAGAAAACGAGUGACAGUGACUUUGAUGAUGUACUCGCCACAAAUUUGAGGGGAACCUUCCUGAUUGAUCGAGCCUCGGUGAAGCACAUGCUGGCCAACAACGUCACGGACGGCGCCAUCGUCAAUAUCGCAAGCAUAAUUGGAAAGAAUGGUUUCCCAGAAAUAACACCUUAUUCCGCCUCCAAGGGCGGUGUCAUAUCUCUUACCAAGGCGGUGGCCCUGGAAGUGGCCGGAAGAGGCAUCCGAGUGAAUGCCAUUCUACCGGGCCCCGUGGACACGCCCAUGCUAGAAAAGUUACCAGAGGACAAGGUGGCCAUCUUUGUAGCGGCAACCGCGUUGAAGCGCAAGGCCAGGCCGGAGGAAAUAUCCGAGACGAUCGCGUUCAUGUGCAGCCCGAAGAGCAGCUUCCUGACAGGAGCUGCCGUCGAAGUCACGGGAGGAGUUUAA